AGUAUCAACACAGAAUAUAACGUUUCAUGUAUCGUAUCGUCGCAUGAUAACUAACGGUGCACCAUGUAUUCAAGGUAUAACAGAUUUCCCAGUCGUGAUCAAUCUUGUCAUUCCGGUAAAGGAUAUCAUUUGUGACAAUUAUUCCAGCACAAGAAGGUUACGGAAAGGGGCAGUUUACGGAAAGCAGCAAGAAGCGGCGAUCGCUGAUGGAUCUCCAUGGAGACCAUUGCCACUUCCGUUAUUCACAAACGACGCCAUUUUGGUUGUUGCUGCUGCACUUUGUUUCCACGUCUGUGUUUACAUUUUGCUCUUUAUCCCGCACGUAUCGCACGUUCUUCACGAUGUAUGCCACUGUUGCUUUGGUUUAUCAUCAAGCUCAGGAUGAUCUUCACAGGUUUAGGAACUACCAGGCCCCCGUCUCCCAAAAGACUCUUCCUGUCCCUGAUCCUUUCAGAUAUAUCAAACGUUGGAGGGAUACAGACAAGUACCGGAUUCCAGAGCCACGAUGUGACAGACAAUGACGAGCGACUGAUGUUUCCAGUACAGUUGACAGCCGGUAUCAUGUCCGGCGAUCUCGGGACACUGUACAAGAUUUUUCAGUUCAGUGAUUAAUUAAUAAACUCGUUAUUGAACCUUA